ACAACCGCGCCCAGCUGCUGCGUCUCAUGCACCGCAACAACGAGGCGAUGGGUGACGCCGAGCGGGCGGUGGAGCUGAGUGAGGCGCGCGGCCUGGCCGGCCGCCAGGCGCUCUGCCAGCGUGCCCAGCUGCACCAGCUGGCCGGACAGCAGGAGCUGGCGCUUGACGACUACCGGCGCGCCGCGCAGCUCGGCAGCCAGUUCGCCAAAACUCAGCUGGUGGCCCUCAACCCGUACGCCGCACUUUGCAACCGCAUGUUGAGCGAGGUGAUGAGCAAGCUGCGCGAGGGCGAGGUUAGCGGCCCGAAGACAUGAGGGGGCGAGGCAUCACCGACACGUAGAGCCGCUUGAUGCCGCCACAAGCCGCGGCGGUACACGAGCUGUAGUGAAGGGGCGCAAAUAUGGUGAAGGUACGCUAACUGCAAAUAUUCCGUCCAUAGUUCCGUCCGAAGAAGAACGGUGUCCCAUGCAGGGACACGCUGUGUUGUACAAGUCCAGAUGAUGCUUAACGAGACGAAGCGCGCUGUCGAAUGAGGUGAAAAGUCGUUCAGGUGUCCGGGGCGAGAUUUUGGCUUAAGGCCUUCUUCUUGUCCGGACAUUGUAUGCUUUUACUGCGCUGUGCAUCCAGCGAUACGAUUGUGCCAUAUGAUCGGGCUGUGGCCGAGGGUCGUGCAAUAUACACCCCCGAUCGUA